AUGGUGACCCCAACACCAGCUGUAGUCAUCCAACACGGAGCGAAUCUGCCCGUCACAGGGCAAGCAUUUCCGCCUGCGACCAUGAGUGAAGUGUUUGAGAUCGAGCGCAUUGAUCUGUCAUGCGAGUUGAACAACACAGAUCAUCACACGCAGCUGAACGGUGUGGACAGACUGAUCUUGAGAAGAGGACAACCGUUCACCAUCAAUCUACACCUGCAACCGGGAACUCACUUUCAGAAUGGAGCCGACGUCAACUUCAUCGCCAAAACAGGUCCAAUACCGUCAGUGGAUAAACAGACCAAAGUGAAAUUCAGCCUCAGUAAAUUCAUCUCCAGAUCAAGCUGGAGCGCAACUUCAGAAACAACGUCUGAGAACACCGUAUCUCUGACCGUGUGCUCGCAUCCAAACACUCCUGUCGGAGUCUAUCAGCUGAUCCUGGAUCAGGGAGCGGGGGUCACUCUGGCAGAGUUUGUGUUGCUCUUUAACCCCUGGUGUAAAAGGGAUUCAGUGUACCUGUCAAAUGAAGCUGAGCGAGAUGAAUAUGUCCUUUCUCAGGACGGCCUGAUCUACCGCGGGACACCCAAACGUAUCACGGCCCUCCCGUGGACCUUUGGACAGUUCGAGGCGGGAAUACUGGACAUCUGUCUGCAGAUCCUGGAUGAAAACCCCAAAUAUAUAAGUGAUGCGGCUUUAGAUUGUUCUGAGAGGAAAAGUCCUGUGUACGUCACUCGACUGCUCAGUGCAAUGAUCAACAGUAAUGAUGAUAAAGGUGUUCUGGUGGGCAGCUGGUCAGGGGAUUAUGAGGAUGGAGUGAAGCCGACCGCAUGGAAAGACAGUUGUUCUAUCCUCCGGCAGUGGAGUGAUACAGGCUGUGGUAGGGUGCGAUACGGACAGUGCUGGGUGUUUGCGGGCGUCGCCUGCACAGUGUCCAGAGCUUUGGGAAUCCCCUGCAGAAUCAUCACUAACUUUGGAUCGGCACACGACAGCAAUGGCGACCUUUUAAUGGAGCGUUUCUACAAUGAAUUUGACGAGAACAUUUCAGGCGACUCCAUUUGGAACUUCCACGUGUGGUUGGAGAGCUGGAUGACCCGCUCAGACUUGCCUCUCGGAUACGAGGGUUGGCAAGCGAGUGACCCGACACCGCAACACAGGAGUGAUGGUGUGUACUGCUGUGGCCCGGCCCCUGUUAGAGCUGUUAAACAGGGCGAGCUCACUUUACAAAGCGAUGUUCCAUAUGUAUACGCCGAGGUGAACGCUGACAUUGUGGAGUACAUUAAACUCAACGAUGGAAGAGUGGUGAAGAUGAGCGGAUCCACUACAGAGGUGGGCAAAUUCAUAAGCACCAAAGCGGUGGGCAGAGAUGAGCGGGAGGACAUCACAUUCAGCUACAAGUAUCCAGAAGGUUCUGAGGAGGAGAGAAAGGUUUUCGAGAAAGCAAAUCAUCACAACCGACUGGCUCAGACUGGAGAGGAACCUGGUUUACACAUCAAGAUCAGAGUGACCCCGGAAAUGCAGAUCGGCUCUGAUUUUGACGUCUAUGCCGAGCUCAAGAACAACACCAUGGUCACCAAAGCAUGUCGCGUCAUGUUUUACGCUCAGGCUGUGACCUACAAUGGAAAACUUGGGGAAACGUGUGGAUUGGGAGAGUUUACAGAGAUGAAUUUAGCAUCUACUGAAGGGGGCGAGGUAACUCUUCGACUGGAGUAUGCAGAAUACAGUAAAGCCAUACUUCAAGACAGAAUGAUCAAACUAGUGGCUUUUCUCAUUGACGGAGAAACACGCGAGUUCUACAGGGCCACUAAGACCAUCGUAUUGGACAACCCUGAAAUAGUCAUUAAUAUGCUGGGUGUGCCAAAAGUGGGUCAAAACCUCGUGGCAGAUUUAGCUCUGCAGAAUCCACUGCCAGAACCUUUGGAGAACUGUGUGUUCACUGUACAAGGUGCCAACUUGACCGACGGCAAACCCAUCAUUCAUGAGGUCGGAGCAGUCGGUCCUAAAGGUUUCGCUAUCGCCAAAGUGGAGUUUACACCAAAGCUGCCGGGACCAAGAAAAAUACUGAUAGAUUUUGACAGUGACAAACUUCAUAAUAUAGAGACGUUUGAGAAUCUUGUCAUCUAUGAAUAA